AUGGCUGACUUGAUCACUUUGGCGACAUGUUCCCUCAACCAGUGGGUGUUGGAUUGGGAGGGGAACCUUGGGAGAAUCCGCAAGAGUAUCAUCCUCGCAAAGGAAGCUGGAGCUACCCUGAGAACGGGUCCUGAGCUUGAGAUUACAGGCUAUGGAUGUCUUGACCAUUUCCUCGAGGCUGAUGUCUAUGACCACUCCUUGGAAUCACUCCUCGCAAUCUUGACUGACACCGAACUCCAUGGCAUCCUUAUUGAUGUCGGUCUUCCUCUCAUGCACAGGGGUUGUCGAUACAACUGCCGUGCUAUUAUCCUCGACGGAAAGCUCCUUUGUCUUCGACCCAAGAUCUACCUCGCCAAUGAUGGAAACUUCAGAGAAAACCGUUUCUUUACUCCCUGGAACAGACCGAGAUAUGUUGAACAGUACAACCUUCCUCCUGCUCUGCAGAAACACCAGGGUGUUCGACAAGUUCCUAUCGGUGAUGUUAUCUUGUCUCUCAACGACACAACUGUCGCUGCUGAGACAUGCGAGGAGCUCUUCACCCCUCAGGCGCCUCACAUCAACAUGGCCCUCAAUGGCGUCGAGAUCUUCACCAACUCGUCUGGUUCUCAUCACACUUUGAGAAAGCUCAAUGAGCGUCUCGCGCUGAUCUCUGAAGCAACCCGUAAGAGCGGUGGUGUCUACUUAUACGCCAACCAAUCCGGUUCCGAUGGAGAUAGACUUCUCUACGACGGUUCAUCGCUCAUUAUGGUGAACGGCAACAUUGUGGCUCAAGGUUCUCAAUUCAGCUUGGACGAUGUUGAAGUUAUCACCGCAACUGUGGACCUCGAAGAAGUUCGCGCCUACCGAUUUGCCCCUUCCCGCAACUUCCAGGCUGUUCAAGCGCCCGUCUAUGAGAGAAUCGAGGUCGAUUUCAGUCUAGGCGUCGAAGACCUUGAUCUCCUACGAGCCCCCACGCCUCCUAGGCCAGCCAGGUAUCAUGUUCCAGAGGAAGAAAUUGCCCUUGGUCCUGCUUGCUGGCUUUGGGAUUACUUGCGACGAAGCAAGGCAUCCGGUUAUCUUGUGCCCCUUUCUGGAGGUAUUGACUCAUGCGCAACUGCUACUAUUGUCUUUAGCAUGUGCCGACUUGUCGUUGCAGCCAUCAAGGCAGGCAACGAGGAAGUCAUUGCCGACGUGAAGCGAAUUGCCGUGUACUCGGAUAAGUUACCCGAAACUGCUGAGGAGUUCUGUAACCAGAUCUUCCACACUGUUUACAUGGGCAUGGAGAAGCAGAGCAGCAAGGAGACUCGUCAGCGUGCCAAGGAUCUCUCCGCGCGUAUUGGGAGUUACCACACUGACAUGAAUAUUGACGAUACUUUCAACGCCACCAAGAACCUACUCACUCAAGCCACAGGAUUUGAGCCCAAAUUCAAGGUCCAUGGAGGAUCAGCAACUGAGAACUUGGCUUUACAAAACAUCCAGGCACGUAGCCGUAUGGUUGUUGCCUAUUACUAUGCCCAGAUGCUUCCCACCGUACGACAACGGCCAGGUGGAGGAAGUCUGCUCGUUCUUGGAUCCAGUAACGUCGAUGAGUGCCUUCGAGGAUAUCUCACCAAGUACGACUGCAGUUCCGCUGAUGUGAACCCUAUCGGCUCUGUUAGUAAGACAGACUUGAAGAGGUUCAUCGCUUGGUCUGCCAAGAGCUUUAACAUGCCUAUACUGGAGGAAUUUAUCCAUGCUACUCCUACAGCUGAGCUUGAGCCUAUUACUGCAGACUAUGUUCAGACUGAUAUGGGUAUGACAUAUGACGAGCUCUCUCGUUUCGGUCGUCUGCGAAAGGAGAGCAAGCUCGGCCCAUACGGCAUGUUCCUCCGACUUCUUGAAGAAUGGGGUGGUGAGGGCAAGAUGACUCCGCGGGAUGUCGCCACCAAAGUAAAGAGAUUCCACGGAUUCCACUACAUCAAUAGACACAAACAAGCGGUGGCAACGCCUGCUGUCCAUGUGGAGAACUACUCCCCAGAUGACCACAGCUGGUCUUUCGAAAAGAUCGACAAGAGGGUCGAGGCUAUCGAGAGGGCUAUGGAGAAGAAGAAGAAGACCGAGAUCUCGAAAUAG